UUCUGAUAGGCUAGUGUAGGGCUACCACUCUGACACGGACAUUGCUGUAAAUAAAAACUCCAAAAACAUGUCGACGACACUAACACGCUUCAAGUGCGGUGCAUUUCUUCGGCUCUUGGCCAGCGGGAUUCAACCCUGUAUUUUUCGACAACAUCAAAGUAGUCGCGCUAAUCUCAGGCGGCUGCUUUCCAACACACAACCAGGAGAGAAUGUUCAACCACUGGAGGGUGUUAAAGUCCUAGACCUCACAAGGGUACUGGCUGGCCCAUUUGCCACAAUGAUACUGGGAGACCUGGGUGCUGAGAUUAUCAAAGUCGAGAGACCAGGUGCUGGGGACGACACCAGAUCAUGGGGACCUCCGUUUGUUGGUGAUGAGAGCGCUUAUUUUCUCAGUGUCAACAGAAACAAAAAGAGCGUUGCUGUAAAUCUCAAAGACCCAAGAGGAGCCAAGAUAAUCUUAGAGCUUGCAGGGAUGUGUGACGUCCUUGUGGAAAACUAUCUUCCUGGAAAGCUUGCUCAGAUGGGCCUUGGCUACGACGAUGUACACAAAGCAGCCCCGAGACUGGUGUAUUGCUCUAUUUCAGGCUAUGGACAAACUGGGCCGCUGUCCCAGCGACCAGGGUAUGACUCAAUCGCCUCUGCUGUCUCUGGCAUGAUGCACAUCACUGGCCCUGAGGAUGGGGACCCAGUUAGGCCGGGCGUCGCAAUGACUGACCUGGCCACAGGACUCUACGCCCACGGAGCCAUCAUGGCCGCCCUGCUGCAGUGUCACAGGACAGGAAGGGGUGUUCACAUUGACUGCAACCUGCUUUCCACCCAGGUGGCUUGUCUCACACACAUUGCUGCAAAUUACCUAAAUGCUGGGAGGGAAGCCAGGAGAUGGGGAACAGCCCAUGAGAGCAUCGUUCCAUAUCAGGGUUUCAGAACCAAAGAUGGAUACCUGGUUGUGGCUGCGGGCAACGACAAGCAGUUUGUCAAAGUGUGCAAAAUGCUAGGCCUGAAUCAUCUGUCUGACGAGCCCAAGUACAAAAGCAACACACUCAGAGUGCAGCAUCGCCAAGAGCUGCUUCACAUCCUCUCCCAGAGGUUCUUGGAAGAGGUGACAGGCGAGUGGCUGAGGAGGUUUGAGGGGACAGGCGUGCCCUGCGGCCCCAUCAACAACAUCCAGCAGGUGUUCUCCGAACCACAGGACUACAUUCCCAAAUAUGACAAUGCACUACGACGGAGAGCAUUUGUGAGAGCCGGAUUGAGUAAAACACACAUGAAAACAUUCACACUGGAACAUUGCAAUAUAUCUCUGUCCUCCUACUUCUUCUUUUUCCCAAACAAAAGCAAACACGCCUGAUUAACAUGGUAACAAGCCAGCCUGGCGGAGCUGGCAAACCUGCUCCUCAUUCAGUCCAGUCAGCUGACAUGAUAGAUUGAUCUCCUCACUUUUCCCAGCCUAUAACACUGAAGUGGUAUGUUUUGCCCCUGCCCUCCAAGUGUAGCGGUUAAGAUGUUCCGCUAUUCAUCUGUUUUCAUUUGCUUUCUGUGCCAACUGUUAGAUAGAUAGAUCCAGAUUGGAUCAAAGAGUUACUUAGGGUUUGGGAGCAACAGCUUUGUCACCACCUGGCCCGCAAUGAAAUGUCAUAUUCAGAAGACGUCCAUUAUAUGACUCAUUGACAUGUUUCUCAGAGGGCUGUGUGUGCUGUGAACCAUCUGAGCAAGUCAUAUUGCCUUGUGCUUUGAGUCACAAUGUUACCUAAGCUGCUCGUUGACCGGCCUGGGUCUCCACCUAGUUGUUCUUUGAAACGUCCAUCGAGAGCAGAUCGGGCUGUGGCUUUCCCAGGCUGCCGCAACGCCUCUUUGUCGCGGCGCGGAGACCACAUCCCCCAGACAAUGCCCCAGAACAUUCACCACCACAACAAAGAUGACUUUGAAAUGCUGCUUUGCCGAAUUGUCAAUGGAACUGAGCCUCCGGGGGAAAGGCUGCAUCGGUUUCACAGACUGUCGUGUAAUACCACGCGUUGCCGGAGAGCACACGUGUGCCGGAAAUCCAGGCUAGAGGGCAAGAGAGAACAAUACAGCGUGUGUCUCUGUGGCUAAUGUAUAGACACGGAACCACAGCACCAUAACAAAGUGGCACACCGCCGUGCCUACAUCUGCUGAUUGACCGUUGACACCAAAUAGUGCAUCUGGACCAUAUAACCGCCAGAGAGAGGUACAGUGUAUCUCUCUAUUACUGUCUCCCCCUGCAGAGAAACCUCCAACAUCCUAAUUCACUUUUGAAAUCAGUGGUAGCCGUCUGCUCAGACUAAGAAAAGACCCGGUCAGAGGGUGAAGGGUGAGGAAGAGUGAUUAGCUGACAGAGGGGAUUGUUUAGGGGAGAGUGCAAUUGAAUAAAAGAGAAAACAGAUGGAAUGGAAGAGAGGGAAUGCAAAGAGAGGACACAGAGAGAGUGGAUGGAAUGAGUGGGAGAGGUUAGUAUGAGGAAAGCAGAUUUGGGGCGGGGGUGACCUGAUGAAAGUGGUGCGAAUCCCUUCAGGUUGAUGAAUGGACAAUCUUGGGCAGACAAACAAGUCCUGAUCUGUCCACAGAAAUGUAGGCCAACAUAGUGCCUACAUAAUCAAUCAAUCCCUCAUGGAAAAACCACAUGAAUUUCACGUGAUAACGUGACAACAUAUGAAACAAAAUGUGAUUAGCAUGUGAAGCAACAUGUGAUAACAUAGAACUACACACGUGACAACAUGUGAGGACAUGAUCUCAUGAAAUUAAUGUGAAAUAAAUGUAUAAACACGGGGAUACAACAUUUCAACGUGAUACCGUGAAAUUACACGUGACGACAGAUGAGCACAUGUGAAAGCCCAGGUGUCAAAUGUAAUUUCUAAUAUUUUACUUUAAAAGACAUAAUUGACAUGAAUUCAAUUUAAACAGUUAUGGUUCCAUGCAGGUAUUGUCUAGUUCCCGGUUUGUUCCAGGGACGUCCUAAAAUGUGUUUUUAGGAUGUUCUCAAUGUUGUGUCAUGGUCCCUUGGAGGUUUUUGUCUAGUUGCGUUGAAAAUAUGGUAAAUUUACAACAAGUUACUCUAAUUUUACAGCUAAAUGAAGGUGUUGAUGUGAAAGGACAGUAUACUACCAUAUGCUGAUUACUUGGGACUCAACCUCACUUGGAGUUUGAGCUCACAACCUCUGUUGCUAGCUACCUAAAGUUCCUACUGGACCACCAGGUCUGUGGACAUAAUGGAGAUUGGCUAUAUAUUUAUUGACAAAAAUAAUUUUCUGCACUUUGUCUAAAGUUGCAGUAAAAAUAAAGUAAACAUAUACAACUUGGUGUUAUUUCUAUAAAAUGACAGUAUGCUGCCUUAUUCUGAUUUCAAUUACUUAAAAAUAUUGUAGAAUUUUGUGCUGUGGCCACAAUUGGGACUCUGCUUUAAAUGGGAUUUGAACUCAUAACCCCUGGGUUGCUAGCAACCUGAAAUGUCCUGCUACAGUGCAGCUACACCACCAGGUCUGAGAGCAUAAAUGAGAGAUGGCUACAGACCUAUUGGCAAUAACACAUUUCUGCACUUUGCAAAAAGCUGCCCACGAUCAAGUAAAUAAUUGUCCAAUUAUCACCACCAACAUUACAUCAACGUAAAGCUCUACAGACUUUUGAACUCAUGGCUUUGUUUUUUUCUCUGA